AUGUUGCAGCUUGCUCCCACAAAUUUCAAUUUUCCUCCGCCCUCUCUCCGCUGUCGGGCGGUGGCGAUAUCGGACAACCCCCGUCUGCCGCUGUCGCGUAUCGGACUCAACGCUGACUCGAGUUCUCAACCAGUUCAUGCUGUAGCAGAUAUGUUGCCGCCUUCCAGGGCGAUGGCUUCGACAGUGACACCUCCCGAUCACAGUGGCCGUCAGAAUAUACCCGUCUCCGCCACGUCACAUCCCGACAACCCGAUCCCCGAGGAACCUCGGGUCAUUGCACCCCAGGAAAAAUCAGCACAAGAACCAAAUGGCAGUGGUGAUUCGCAGUCGUCUCUUUCGACCCAGUCGGUAAACGGCUUCUCGGAGAGCGACUCGGAGAGUCCCGAAACCCCAGUUACAGAGCCGCAGUCGGAUGAUGCUAUCGACGAGUUAGAGAGUAAGAGAGAACGACGCGCGUCGACAGUUCUUAUAUCUGAAAACUCCGAUGACGUGCAGAGGAUUCUGGGGGAUAUCAGCAAUGGAGGUACUCAGCUGGUCGAGAAGGUCUGCUGUGGAGGGGGCUGCUGCCUUCUUCAACCGUUGCCGGAGACUGGACCCAGUUCGAACGCUCGUCCGAUCGAACCGCCAAACAACGAGGCCUACAAGAGUUUGAAUUUGAAACUCGGUCCGUUGACUCUUGACAGCGAACUGACCAAUAUUGUUCCCCUCCCGGAGAAGACUGUGUCCUUCUCGCCCGUUCCAGCUGAGCUCGUAGACACGAAGCUGGGGCCACCGGACCACCCUCCAAAAUUCGUUCAGCCUCACGCUCCUUACGAGGUCUUCCGUGCACCAUUGCACCACGCUCGGGAGUUGACGAAGCCUGGUGCGGAAAAGCGGACUUACCACUUCGAUGUCGAUGUGACGGAUUAUCCUCCCGAAAGCGGAAAUGUCGACUUCGUCGUGGGAGGCGCUAUCGGAGUUUGCCCCAUGAACAAUGAGGAGAUGGUCGACAGUAUUUUUGAUCGUCUAGGAAUCCCUAAAUCUAUCAGGGACAAGAAAGUGACUUUGCACACGACUGGCGGACGUUGGCCGACGAUCUGGGGCGAGGACAAGCCUCGAGAGUUGAUCACCACCCGGCGGGAACUCUUGAAGUGGUGUUCCGACAUCCAAAGUUAUCCUCCCACCAAGCAACUCUUCCGCCUCAUGGCCGAGUAUGCCACCGACCCAAGCGAGAAGAAGAUCCUCCUGUAUCUGUGCUCCGCCCAGGGACAAGGCGCGUUCUGUGACCUCCGCACUGGGGCACAUCUCACCCUUGAACAACUUCUAUAUGCUUUCCCCUCGACGCAGCCGCCUCUCGACCAUCUUCUCUCCGUGCUGAAUGCUCUGAUGCCUCGGUUUUACUCCCUGUCUCAGGAUCCCACUAUCUCGUAUACCGUCCGGGGCGGUGAACGCCGGCGGCUGAUUGAAUUCGCCGUGACGGUCCAUGAGACUAAGGACUGGAAACGGGGAACCAGAACUGGAGUUGGGUCCGGUUUUCUGCAGCGUCUAGCUCACAAGGUUAUGGCUGCGGAGAGCCAGGGUAUCGAUCCACAGACUCUCGACCUGCACGUACCCAUGUUCCGUGGCUUGAUGGCUAACCCACUUGCGCGUGAGUACGCUUCGGAUGGUCCGAUGCUCUUGAUUGGGGCUGGCGUCGGAAUCGCUCCUUUCCGUGGCUUUGUGCAGCGGCGCCUCAGGUCUGCCAACUGUGCCAAUAAGGUCUGGGUGAUCCAGGGUAUCCGCGACUCUCUGUUGGAUGAGCUGUACCAUGGUGAAUGGGGUGUUCACGAAGAUAAAGUGAAGAAGGUCGUGCAGAGCCGGCGUGGUGAGAGCAGAUACGUACAAGAAGAAGUCCGUCACCAGGCCGACCUGGUCUGGUUUGUGAUCAACGCCCUGGACGGUCGUAUCUUUGUCUGUGGCAGCAGUAAGGGCAUGGGUGAAGGUGUGGAGGCUGCUUUGGUUGAUGUGGCCAUGGCCAAGGGCAACCUCAACCGUGAAGAAGCAGAAGCCUUCUGGGCGAGAAAGAAGGAAGCUGGACAGUACAUUGCUGAAACCUGGUGA